CUGAUAUGCACAUUGAAAGUUGACGUAGGUUGAAUAGCAGUCAGAUGUGUUCAGAUGUCGUUUUAGUUUUAUCAACUUAUGUGUACAAAUGUACCGUUGGCAUUGGUGAAUGUUCAUGGAAUUAACUACAGUUGAGCACAGGUGAUACCGUCUCAUAUGGCUGUAUACAUUAUUUACUCUGUCGGUGUAUCAUCUUCUGUGAGUUCUGUAUAUGUGUAUUGUUUGCGUUGAUGCUGUCACAGUUCUGGUUUCCUGCCCGGACUGUGUUACGCAAGUCCGAAUAUAACAUCUUGGCGGCCGUCUUUUACACCGGAGGUGCACUGUAAAUGCACGUCGCUUGGACGACAUUAUAAACGAUACCUUCGGAGUAUCCUCGUAACCAUCCUCGUCAGAAAUGAAUGGUCAAACUCUUAUAUUUUUUUGACAGAUAUUUGAGUUUUCUCCUUUGAUUAUCAGUCGAGUUACAGCGAAAUCCUCGUUGGACCUGUGUCAGUGUCUGUAGAAAACAAACAGCAGUCUCACGCCUUCAUUUGAUGAUGUCAGCCCGUCCACGAGUUCUGAUAUCCCGAUCAGCCCUUCCCGCGGGCAUAGAGCCCAUUAAGGCAGUUUGUGACGUAUGGAUUUGGCCCGGGGAUGAUCCUAUCCCGGCGGAGGAGUUUAUGAAGCGGGCGGCCGGGGUAACCGCCAUUUUGUGUCAAUCAUCUGACAUAAUUAACAAGGACUUACUUGAUGCUGCAGGCCCGAGUCUAAAGGUGGUUGGAACUAUGUCAGUCGGACUAGAACACAUUGACCUUGACGAGUGUCAGCGUCGUGGUAUCAAGGUUGGCCACUGCCCUAAUGUGCCUAAUGAUGCUGUGGCCGAGCUAACCAUAGCUCUGCUCCUGUCAGCGGCACGCGGACUCAAAGAAGGGUACGCCUGCACCAGUCGGGAAGAAACUCGGGAAAAUGCCUUGUUUCUCUGUGGUCACGAGGUUGCCGGAUCCACAGUUGGUAUCGUAGGGCUAGGUCGCAUCGGUAUGGCGGUUGCUAGGCGACUGAACUCCUUCAAUGUUACUAAGUUCCUGUAUACCGGAAAUAGUCAGAAGUCUUUUGCAGAAGAAGUUAAAGCAGAAUUCGUGUCAUUCGACAAACUUCUGGAAGACUCUGAUUUUGUAAUAGCAUGCUGUUCUAUCAAUCCAAACAACGAAGGUCUCUUCAACAAAACCGCAUUCAAAAAGAUGAAGAAGUCGGCUAUCUUUGUCAACGUUUCACGAGGAGUACUGGUCAAUCAAGAAGACCUAAUUGAGGCUUUGACCACUGGUGAAAUAUAUGGGGCUGGGCUUGACGUCACCGUACCCGAACCACUUCCGCCGGACAGUCCUCUACGCUCCCUAAAUAACUGCCUGGUGACCCCUCAUCUCGGUAGCUCCAGCUUGAAGGCCGCAAACGCAAUGGUCAGUCUUACAGUAAGGAACAUUUUGGCGGGAAUUAGAGGCGAAAAUCUCCCGGGUGCUGUCCGGUAACAUUGAUUUCUAUGAUAACGUACACAAACGUUGACUUCAAAAUUAUUGUUUAUUUUCAAACUUGAUUAUUUUAUGUUAAAAUGAAUAUACAGCUACAUCAUAGUUAAGGAAAUUGAGAGUAUUUACCAAUGAUAUGUUUAUAUUCAGCAAUAAAUGUAUACAUAUAUAGACGGAGAUGUCAUC